CAGCCAGCAGAGUGUGCCUGUGAGAGGGCUGCAAAGCUCUGCCAAACCAGAAUCAGCCGGUAUCGGAGGAAUGAGGGAGCGUGGAGAACUGAAAUCGCGGGGAAUGGAGACAAGGCGGUGCCGAAGACGAGCUGCCUCGCUUGGGAGAGGCUCAAGACCGAUGCCAGACUGCAACAGAAAAUAAGUUCCGCGGCAGCGAGCAGGGCCGGGGCUGAGCGGGGCGAGGGAGAGGGAGAGGGGCGCAGGUGGACAGCGGAGCCCGCAGCUGCACCUGGUACGCGUAGCGGCUCCGCCGCUUUGGCUGGCAGCCCUGGCGGGGUCCGGCGCGUUUUAUCAGCUUGAACACAAAAGCACACAAUCUUACCGGGACAGACACUAGAAGGUGAUACAGCGAAAGAACACAUUGAGAGUGACCAGACUAUUUUUGUGACCACAGUCAACCCAUGAAGAGUGAGUGCUUGAAGCCAUCUACAAAAUACUGUGGAGAAGAUGUAUGCUAGUCGAGAGGAUAUUGGAUAUGAUUUUGGAGAUGACUCAAAAGUUGGAAGUAAACCAGUUAAGCCUAAUCCAAACAUUGAUGGAGGAUGGGCUUGGAUGAUUGUAUUUUCCUCUUUCCUUGUGCACAUACUUAUCAUGGGAUCCCAAAUGGCCCUUGGAAUACUCAACAUAGAGUGGCUUGAAGAGUUUAAUCAAAGUCGUGGCUUAACAGCGUGGGUUAGCUCCCUCAGCAUGGGCAUUACACUUAUUGUAGGUCCUUUCAUUGGUUUAUUCAUUGGCAUGUGUGGGUGCCGCAAGACUGCAAUAAUGGGAGGGCUGUUGAAUGCCCUAGGGUGGAUAUUGAGUGCCUAUGCCUCAGAUGUGCACUGCCUCUUCCUUACAUUUGGAGUAACAGCUGGCAUUGGAAGUGGCAUGGUUUAUCUGCCUGCGGUGGUCAUGGUGGGGCAGUAUUUUCAGAAGAGAAAAGCACUUGCACAAGGACUCAGCACCACAGGAACUGGGUUUGGAGCUUUCUUAAUGACUGCCUUAAUGAAGUACCUCUGUAUUGAAUUUGGGUGGAGAAACGCCAUGUUCAUCCAGGGUGCCAUCUCUUUGAAUCUUUGUGUUUGCGGGGCACUUAUGAGACCACUCUCUCCCAAAGAGAUUGUUAGCGAAAAAUAUGUUUUGAGAAGAAAUAGUGAAGGUAAUCAUGCAAAAGCUUUGUCCCGUUCUGCAGAGACUAUAAAAUCUAGCAGAGUCCUUAGUGAAGAACUGGAAAAAAAAGAAACAGCAAAUGAAGAAGUGCUUGACAGUGUUCAGCAAAUAGAGAUCGGAAGUAAAUCUCAAAGUCAAAGGAGUAUGUAUGGACUGCGCAUUCUUAAGACAGUGAGCCAAAUGAUGGUUACAGUCAGGAAGGGCUUUGCCAUAUGGUACUCCAGCUACUUCGGAGCUGCAUCACUGUUUACCAAUAGAGUAUUCGUGGCCUUUAUAAUUUGGGCUUUGUUUGCCUAUAGCAGCUUUGUCAUCCCCUUUAUUCAUCUUCCAGAAAUAGUCAAGCAGUACAACCUACCUAGUCAGAAUAAUAUAUUUCCUUUGACAUCCAUUAUAGCCAUUGUUCAUAUUUUUGGUAAAGUGAUUCUUGGAAUAGUCUCUGAUCUCCCGUGCAUCAGUACGUGGAAUGUCUUCCUUAUGGCUAAUUUUACUCUGGUCACUUGCAUUCUUACUUUGCCACUAAUGCAAACAUAUGUUAGCUUGGCUGUGGUUUGUGCUCUGAUUGGAUUUUCUAGUGGCUAUUUUUCACUAAUGCCUGUUGUGACCGAAGAUUUAGUUGGAACUAAACACCUUGCAAAUGCCUAUGGCAUCAUCAUUUGUGCCAAUGGAAUAUCUGCAUUGUUUGGACCACCCUUUGCAGGUAAAAUGCUCAAAUUGCUAACCAACAGAUGUUUGUAUAAUAACCUUGUGACUUGUUAUAUUAUUAAACUUUCUUAUGUGCUAUCAGCAUGUGUAAUUAACAAAAUUACAGCUGCUCCAGAAUGGACAUGUGUACAAAUUCACAGAUCACCUCCACUGGAUUCCAGUCCACUAUUCACACACUACAAAUUGCAAUCCUUGCAAAUAACCCCAAAUGCAUCACAGUCUAUCCUUUCAGUGGUAUGUUUCCUUAAAAUGUUAUCACAUACUUUUUUAAAAUGAGAAAAGUUUAACCUAUAUUUAUGUAUUUUGUGUAAUAUAUGCACUAUAUUUACUCAUGCCUCUAGAUGAACAAAUGAAUAGUUUUCAGGGUAGGCAGGUGUUAUUAGUACAGUACUGCUUCCAAGAACUCUAAAGUGUGUUUGGAUGUCACCACUCUGAGCUGCCAAUGGAUGUGUUGAUUUAACUAACCUAGUUUUGCCUUCCUUCAGCCAGAAAUACCGACUCUGGGGACUGCACUGUUCAUAAUCUCUUUACUGCCAUCCACAGCAGAAGGUAGAAGUGUAUGUAUGUUAUCACUACAGUUACUUAGGUUUAUACAAACAUUCAUACAUUUUUUCAUAGAAGUAUAAAGUAUAAAGAAGUGUAGGAGUAUAAAAGAGAUAUAGGUGCUGAUUGUCAGUGCUGUAGCCAGAAUACAGCUGUCAUCUACAGAGACACACAUCAGAAGAAAGCAGCAAGAAACCUUGUAGCAGCCAUCAUCAGCCAUGGAUGACACGUGGCUGAAGCUUUUAGCAGCACAAACAACCCAGAAAAGUGAGAAUGCUCUCACCUUCUCUCCCCAUCACUGAGUGAGCCAACAUAAUGUAGAAGAAAGCUCAUCCAGUGCAGGGGUGUUUUAAUUCUUUCAGCACCUCAGUCUGUGCUGAACAUGUCUUUGCAUUUGGUUAUCAGUAACAAAGCUUCUGAUCUUGAGGUUACAUAGCAAUGCAAUGCGGGAACUUUGCUAUUUUGGGUUCUGAAACCUUUCUGAGGCAACUUUAAUGUAUUUUUGUAAAUGAGUUAAGAUAGGAACAAGAGUCAUUGCAGUACUGAGUACUGACUUGAAAAGUCUUUUAUUGUUAUGUGAGUCUUUGAGAAAGCUAUUGGAAAUGUGUUUGCUUGCAGAAGGCACAGCAUUUGAGCUAGCCUGCAAUAUCAGACGUUUUACAAAGUUAGUUGCAGGACGGAAGAAUUAAUUGGUUUUGAAUUCCAAAAUGUCUCUUUUAAAGGCAGACUUGCGAUAACUUGUUUGAAAAAUGUGCAGUUUUAGAGUGAAGAUUGCUUGUCUUGUUUGGAUGACACAUAGCUGGAGUUCUAUUUUAAGACCUCUGUGGUGCUUAAAUGAGGGGUUCUGGUGAAUGAACAAGAGAUUUUGUUAAUACAUUUCCAGUUGUAGCAUCUAGAGGAUGAGACAGUCACCACCCUUUUUUCCCAUAAUACAUUUAUGGGUUUGUCUGAAAUGUCAUGAGAUAAACGUGCAGUGUUUUUCCCGUUGUCAAGCUUUGUUACCAACGUGUCUUGUCUUUGUUUUUCAGGUUGGAUCUAUGACAUCACACAUAAAUACGAUUUUUCUUUUUACAUAUCUGGCUUGCUAUACAUGGUGGGAAUAAUAUUUUUACUUAUACAACCUUGCAUUCAAAAGAAAC